GGAGCCAGAGGAUCCUCCUACCAGUGACACAGCCCGGAAACGGGAAAACCCAGAGUGCGCGACACCCUCCUCAGCGACAUGGGCAGCGGGACUGGUGCGGGCGCCGCAUAGACAGAUGGGCACAGGCGCCGCCGGCUCUGAGAGGAGACACAUCGUGGUGCGGUUGGGCAGAGCUUCCCGGCGCCAUAGGCUGCAGCAAGUAUUGAACUCCCUCCUUCUCCAUCAUGGAUGACUCUCUUGUCCGAGAGAACGCUGGCCUGAUGCCAUACCUAGUGGCUGCAUCUCAGAUCCUUGGGGUGGCAGCGCUAGCAGUUACAGGAGCUUGGCUUUCCCAGUACAGAGGCGGAUUUUCCUGGGAUGGACCAGAGCAAUUCAAUGUCCACCCCCUUUGCAUGGUGCUAGGAAUGGUCUUUUUGUGUGGUGAUGCUCUGCUGGUGUUUCGAGUAUUUAGACAUGAAACCAAAAGGGCGACCAAGAUCCUCCAUGGUGUAUUGCAUAUUAUGGCACUGAUAAUAUCGCUUGUAGGGAUCAUUGCUGUAUUCCAGUUCCACAAGAAGAAAAGCAUCCCAGAUGUGUACAGUCUGCACAGCUGGUUGGGCAUCACCACAUUCACUCUCUACAUCCUACAGUGGAUCCUUGGCUUCAUUAUGUUCUUUCUGCCUGGUGUGGGUUUUGCAAUCAAGAGUCGCUUUAAGCCGUUUCAUGUGUUCUUGGGUUUUAGUCUACUAGUGAGCACCAUCGCCACAUGCUUGUUGGGCCUCACAGAGAAACUGCUGUUUUCAAUACCAGAUCAGUACUCCAAGCUGCCGUCAGAAGGUAUCCUCGCAAACUCGCUGGGACUGCUGCUUGUGGCAUUUGGAUUGGUGAUUGGCUAUAUCCUUACACGAGACGAAUGGAGGCGACCGCCAUUGCCAGAAGAACAGGCUCUAUCCAUUGAUUUCAAAACGCUGACUCAGGGGGAGAGCCCGACAGAACCAUAAGAUAUUGUGAGCUGUCAGCAGCGCUUGUGAUUGUAACUUGUGAUAAUUCCUGUCUCAGAGGCUCCGUCUAAGGUUAGGAGCACAGUUUUUGCUUUUCUCAUGUGUGGUUUGGAGAGGCUCAAAACUAAAACCCUCCUCCCCCCUCCUGGGUUAUGACAUGUUCUCGCUUUAAGUUCCAUGUUAACCAGCCUGCUCUUUGUUUGUGCCGGCAGCUGGUUAGUAGAGCAAAGCUGAAAAAAAGCUAUAAAACUUGCUGAGGUCAACAACAAAAAAUAAAUAAUAAAUUCAGGGUCAGCAUAAAAAGCGCUUGCAUGUCAUCACUUGAAUGAAUAUGGGGACCCAUAUGUUUUGUAGCUCAGUAGAAGCAUUGUUUUAUUAUAUAAAAUAAGUAGUAUGUAUUAAGGUGAUUGUGUUAUGGGGCUGGACUGUAACCUUUGGUCCAGCACAUUUUCUUCAGUAUCAUUAUUUAGAAUCCGUCCUUGGUUUACCCAGUCAGAGAAAUGUAAAAUGUCCUUUAUACUUCUCUUUGGGAUCUGUUCCCAUUUGUGGCCUUAGGCUCCAUAACACCCCUUUACCUCGUGGUAUGAAGAAGUACAUAAAUACCUUAUUUAUUCAGUUUCAGCAAGCACAGGCUCCUGAGAUGGUUCAGUUGUGCCAAGCAAAAGGGAAUUUACAAGGGAGACAUUAUUUAUAUUUGCCAAGUGUCUGCACAUGUUCUUCAGGUUAGUGUCUUUGAACCAUAUUGUCAGAUGUAGCAGCACAUUGUGAUAUUACAUGAUAACCAUGUUAACGUGUAUAUACAUCUGUGAUGGAACUACAACUCCCAGCCUGCAGGUCUUAGUGAAUGUGGGGUGUUGUUGUUUCAUCGCAGCUAUAUAGCCACAGGUUGAAGACCACUGAUGUGUGAUGGCACCAUAACUGCACUCCAACCAAAAUGUAUUUUCCAUUAGUCAAGAAGAACCACAACCAACACUACAAGCACAGACUAUACAUGUGAUUCUGUAGAGCCACUACCUCUCAUAGGGAAUACAAGUUCUUGUGCACAGUAACACUCUGUGAUGAGGUGGACUGUCAGCGUAUGUACAAUCUGUUAACAAGGACCAACUGCCUUAACUUCUAGGGAGGAUGACAGGUGGCCCUAAUCUCCGCCAAAAUGCCCGUAUAUUUACAUAAAUGACUAUUCCAUUACUAAUGGCAGUAUGUAAUAGUAGGAACAUCUGUAUGAAGGUAAGAUGGUGAUUAGCAAUAUGUACUGAAUAGUCACCAAUCCCUACAUGUUUCAACAGGCUUGUGUGUAUGUAUCUUCAAGGGAAACAGCUGUAUGGGCCUUAAAUGCUGUCUGUUUGGAUAGUCAUUGACUGAGGCAGUAUACAGAUGCCCAUUUCUAUUGAAGUAUCUAGGGAUUUAAUAAAGGGAAUCUGUCACUGUUUUACCCCCACUGUUAUAAACUCUUUUGGCAUUCAAUUGAAGCCAGUGUACCAUAUGCUUAUGCACACAAACAACUAGUAAGGGUGAAGACACACAAUGCAGUUGGCCAUAAUAAUAAUGUGGGGAUGUGGUGGUGGUGGGAAUAUGAAAAAAUAUAUACUUGCCUAGCCCCAGUCCUACUCCCAUUCACCUCCAUCCAGUCCCCCAAACUACUUUCUUCUUCCUCCUUCGAAGACCAGCACUCGGAGCAAGACCUGCCGCUGAGCCAAUCACUGACGAAUUGGCACACAAAUGUGUCCUGAAAUGGGAGCACUUGUAUCUAAAGCAGAAAGAGGGAAGAUGAGUGGGACUGGACAGAGGCAAAUGGGAGCUGCAGAGGACCAAGGCUAGGUGAGUAUGUUUUGUUUUAUUUUAUUUCUCCCUGCCCCAAUACUGUAUUAAUAUUUAUUUUUUUAAAGCAUAGAAUACCCCUUUAACAGCAGCAUUUAAAAAGCAUUUUUUACUGCAUAUGGGCAACUGCAACACAACCACAUCAUGUGUUUUCACUCUAAGCCUAUUGUAAAAUAGUGGAGAGUGAUUUAUACUUUAUGGGGUGACUGCAGGGUAAUGCUAGGAACUACAGAGAUAAAAUGUAUAUAAUUAGAAUUUGCAUAGUUUCUCCUACUCAGAUAUAACACAGUUUGUGGGGUUAGAAAAUAGUGUCAGAUCCUCUUUAGUAGGUAAUUUUUUGGGUAAUACUAAAAGUCAGGUGGCUCCUAUUAUCCCUGUAUGUAGGUAUAAGGCUAUGCUCAUGAGGGAUAUUUUACAUCAGAACUCACCUGAAAACCAAAUGUAAUACACAUCCGUUUGUUCUCAAUAGGAAUAUGCACCCUAGUUCACACCGUAAACUCAGAGCACAUUUUUUCUGCCACAAAUUGGAAAUCUGUGUCACAAAAAAGAAAUAACCUCACUGACCGACAUGUUUUCUGUGUGAAAAAUGCAUCAGGUAGGCGAAAAAUUUGAGGGUAUUCCUAUGAUUUCUGCUGCGUAUUCUGCAACACUUUUUUCUGGAGCAAAAAUAUGCUGCAAAACAUAGCCUACGGUGCACUGGCUAAGAUUUAUCAAACUGAUUUGCCCAUAGGAACCAAUGAGAGCUCUGUUUUAAUUUUACCAAAACAUUUUGAGAAAUAAAAGCAGAGCUGUAAAUUGGAUGAUAUGCGAAAUCCAGACCAUAUAUGUCUCAGAUAGAUUGAUAAAUCUGGGCCAUUAUGUUUUUACACAGUGUUUUCAGUAAUCAAAACAGAGAUUCCCUUUAAAAGUAACACA